UUUUUUCCACGCAUAACCGAAUCCGUUCGUGGACGUACCUUAGUUUGCUUUGAAUCACACAAAAACCUCUAAGAAAACUGCGUUAUUUCAGGCUCGAGCCUCAGGCGCGUAUGUUGCACUCAGCCUUGAGUGAACCCCUUGUUUUCGCCCCCAACUCGCAGAGCAGCCCUUCAGCUGAAUGCAGGACAUAAGAAGCGCUACGUUCACUGGCCUCAACCCUUCUAGGUUAAGCCAUCCUCAGCUUUUGUUAAACUCCCCAGCCUGCUGCGUCCGCAUGGUCUCCGCUGAGCUACAUCCUCUUGUUCCAUUUUCUCCGUAGCGGUCAGGCGAUGAUGGACGGAUGUGUGAGUCCUGACAGGGCUACAAGAUUCCUUGUAGUCGUUUCAACGUGUGCGCUUUCACUUCUAUAUUUAAUAACGACGUAUCCUGAACAUACAGCUAAUCCUUUCCAAUUGCCCAACUGAGGACACAACCACACCACCAAGAUGACCAUGCAAGGCAGAAACCGCUCUGCAAACAAGUCUGCCUCCGAAGACUGGGCCGGAGAAGUGCAAUCAUUGGUCGAAAAGUAUGAGAACAAGGACCGUAAUGGCGCAGAUAACCCCGCAAUCAGUGCUAUCCAUGGGCAGUCUGGCGUUUCCAGACGUCGUACCCGGGAAAACAUCGACCUUUCGGAGAACAGCCCCAGGCCCAACCUCCAGUUUGCGAAGUCAGACCAAGGCUCUAUCGGCCAAGACAUAUCCAGAAUCAGGACUCAGAAGUCUCUAGAAUCUAUCAGCACUUGCGUUGAUCACGGUGACAGCUAUCGCCUGUCCAACCGCGACACGACACCUCCAUCGGCUGAUCAAAGUGGCUCGCUCCCUCAACUGCGGGAGGAAGUGCUUCACGCGGUGGGGCAGCAUGAUCACUUGGAGCCUAGGCAUCCAGGGACUCGUCUUGAACUCCAGAAAGAACUCUUCAAUGCUCUGGAGCGCCAGAGCAACGACAAGGAGUUUCUUCCUCUCCAGGCUCUCGACGACUUCAUUACCGAGAAUACAGUACAACGAGAGCUUGAGGCUGAAUUCGAUCAUUUAUCUAAGUCAGAGAUAGAAGCCUGCGUGCACUAUGUCUGUACUAGGAAGAAAAUCAGCGAUCCCAGGACCAAACACCUCAAGUUCACCUCUGGCCAAAGGAUCUUUGCUCUCCUCAUCAUGAUUGAGGGGUUGGAUAGCUUUCUCAAUCUCAUGAGUCAAGGCCUUCACGACAUUGAUUUACCUCUAAAAGACAACUGCCAGCGUAGUUCUCAUCGACCAAAGACAUUUACUUGUUUCCAGUCUUGGUCCCCGUUCAGAUUGCGAUCCUUCGAUGAGUGGCAAUGGAAGCUGUUGGCACCGUAUUUUUCCACGACCAAAGACAGAGAAGAGAGAGUCUUGUUUUACAGCUUGCCUGCUCCGACAGUAAUGCCAUGGCUUUCAGAAACAGGACCGAGGUCGGCAGAUCCUGAGCCAGAUCGUUUCGGGGGCUAUAGCACAGUGAAGAAGGUCAAGAUUCACCCUUCACAUCACAACUUCCAAUUCCCAGAGGGACGCGAGCCUUGCUUUGCUGUGAAGAAGCUGUAUACGCGUAACAAGAAAGAAUUCGACCGCGAAGUCGACGCUCUGAAGAGGUUCAACACCAGAACAAACUCAAAUCUUGUUCAAUUGUUGGCGACAUAUCGGCAUCACAACAAUUACUGCCUCUUGUUUCCUGGCGCAGAUGGGAAUCUGAAAGAUCUUUGGGAAGCAAACCCUCAACCGGUCGCAGAACCUAGUUACAAGAGAGCGAUGUGGAUGGCCGAGGUGUGUCAUGGCAUUGCCACGGGUCUGUCGCAGAUCCACCAGCAUAGGACCACGGAAGAAAUACGCCGGGAUGCGAUCGAAAUUGCGAAAGAGGAUAAGAAAGGGGAUUCACCUGCUGGGAUACUUUCUAACACCCCAGCAAAUCUUCGCCAGAACGAUGACCGAUUCGGUAGGCACGGCGAUAUAAAGCCUGAGAAUAUCCUAUGGUUCAAGAACUACAAGGCGGACAGCUACCUCGGCGUUCUGCAGAUCUCGGACUUUGGACUCACAAGGUUUCAUAGCAAGCAUUCUAUUUCGAAACACAUGUCGGAGGCUGUUGGGGGCCGGACUUACAGAGCACCCGAGUUCGACACCACGAGGAACGGGUUCGAUCAAUCGUACGACAUAUGGACUCUGGGUUGUGUAUACCUUGAAUUCAUCACUUGGUACCUCCUUGGUUGGGACCAAGUGGAUGACUUUUCUCAGAAGCGGACGGAGGAGGACGACGAAGCCUUGAAAUCUUUUAACAAAGAUGGGUUUCCAGAAGACAAGUUCUAUAAGUUGGACGGCGACGGAUCCCGGGCCACUGUCAAAAGCAGUGUCACUAGAUGGUUCAAAGUGCUUCAUUCCCGGCCAGACUGCACCGAUUACAUACAUCAGUUCCUGUACUUUGUCGAAGGUCGGAUGCUUCGAGUUAUGAAAACAGAGCGAGCAGAAUGUGGUGAGGUUGCAGGGGAACUUUGCAAACUACUCGAACAGUGUGAUAAACGUCCGGAAUUUUGUCUGCAUGGUAUACCUGAAAUCUGAAAUAGCACCCAAAAAGAUGAGAUGGAGAAGAGAAGGUCUCUUAACAAAUCCACUUCCCAGGAUGCUGAACAAAAUGGUUCCCGGUGAGCAUUGUCCGGAGGGGGUAAUAUUUCUCGCGCGUUGGGCCUUUCGUUUGAACACAUAACACUACAUAAGGUGGUCUCUGGAAGGGCAUAAUCAAGGCCUAAGUAGGAGAAACACGCAUCUACUUGUAUCUUUCGGUAAUUUUCUUUCACUUGCGAGGAGUAUAUACCGACUAGAACCUAGAAAUAGAAGAAGUGGUGCGUCCGUUGUUGAGAAGUGGCAUCAU